CAUUCCAUUCUUUUCUUUCUUAAAUCCACCUUGAAUUCACAGCAAUUUGGGUGUUUUCUCCCUUUGUUUCCUUCCUUCUCCUUGGGUCUCCAACCUUGUCUGAUUUCUCUUUGCUCGGAGGUGCAACCAUGGCUGAUGUCCCGGUGCUGGACAAGGGGGACGACUGCAUGGACUUGCCCCCUGGCUUCAGAUUCCACCCCAUGGAUGAAGAGAUCAUCACUCACUACCUCUCGCGAAAGAUCAUCAACCAUGGAUUCACUGCAAGAGCAAUAGGAGAGGUGGACUUGAACAGGUGCGAGCCAUGGGAUCUUCCAAGCAAGGCUAAGAUGGGAGAGAAGGACAUGUACUUCUUCUGCCAGCGGGACAGGAAGUACCCGACUGGCAUGAGGACCAACAGGGCUACCGAAUCUGGCUACUGGAAAGCCACCGGAAAAGAUAAGGAGAUUUAUAGGGGAAAGGGAGUGCUGGUUGGCAUGAAGAAGACCCUUGUUUUCUACAAAGGAAGAGCUCCCAAAGGGCAGAAGACUAACUGGGUGAUGCAUGAAUUCCGGCUCGAAGGCAAAUACUCUCUCCCAAAUCUCCCAAAAUCUGCAAAGGAUGAAUGGGUCGUGUGUAGGGUCUUCCACAAGAGCAUAGGACCGAAGAAAAGCCCACCACCUGGCACGGAAAGGAUCAACUCUUAUGCUGAUGAUCUUUUGGACUCCGGCACCUUGCCUCCCCUAAUGGAUCCCCCUCACAUGGAAUACACGAUGGGGCCUGGUUCCAGCUUCACCAACAAUGAUCAGAUCUUUGACUUCAAAGCCCUUCCUCCCAGCUUCACCGCCAUGAUGGCCAUGGAGAAUCAACAGGUCAUGAACCACCACCAGAUGAUCUCAAAUCCACUUCCUCACAACCCGGCUUUAUACGCUCAACCCCCUCGGCAAAGCGCCUACUACUCGCUCCUGGGUUCCGCGAAUCCCGGCUACUUGCACCAUGACGAAGCAACGAUGGGGGCUUUCGCUACUACGGACAACGAUGCACCAUCCGCCAUAAGGAAGCACUGCAAGGUGGAGCAGUACUCGAACCAAUCCAUGGGAUGUCCCUCGCAGGACACCGGACUGAGCACUGACCACAACACCGAGAUCUCGUCCGUCGUGUCCAAGCACUACGUCGACGACUUCGACGACCCCUGGACAAACUACGGAUUCUGAGCCAUUCCCGGAAGGCGCCCCCUGGUAAUAUACGCGCGCUAGCAGCACCAUUUUUAGGAUCCAUUGAUUUGCCCAAGGCCACUCAUGUCUUAUUUGUCAGAGAGUGCAGGCCUUGUCCUUAGAUUUCCUCACUGUACAUAGAGUUCCGGUUGUCCAUUAUACGCGCAGAUCAAAGUCUUCUAUGUUCAUAGAACGAACGGAGAAGAAGGUGUGAGCACUGAUGUCGGGGUUUGAUUCUUUGGUUGUGUUAGUAUGUGAUUGUAACUAGUAGGAUUUGUGUCUCUAAUGAAUUGACCUGGUGUAGUACAUAUAUAUAUAUAUUAUUGUUCUUGGUUUCUGUCUCUCCAA